CCUGCCUUUCGUCCAGCGACACCUGAAGGGCGACGGUAGGAAUCGGGCAAUUUCAGGUGCGGCCUCUUGCCAAGAAAACGGCCUUCCAUCCGAAAGGGGUUGCGCCGGAGAGCAGCUCGGCUUUAUGAGCCAGGCUUCGCGCUAAGAAGAUGAUGUGCCUCUUCUGCGUCUGGAACGGGGGGCAGGCUUUGGGGGCGAUGCCCGCUUGUCUUGUCUUGUUUUGCCAGUGUCUAAGGAAAUCUUGGCAACGGGGGUUGCCGUGAGGCAAACUCAGCAUGAACCUGCCCUCUUUCGUCCGCCGAGUGCUUAGCUCUUCUCGCUUCUUUCUAUCCUCUUCGCCUUCCCCCGACGGGCCCGCGCAGCCCAGCCCAGCCCAGCCCAGCCCUGCUUCCGUUGCCCGCCCUCCUGCCUCUGACGUCGGCUCACAAGGAAAACGGGCAAAGCUGUUUCCCCAGCCUGGAAGUUGCCGUGGAAACGAAAGUGGCCAGUAGUUGCAUUGCCUUUUACCGGAGAGCUCGGCUCGCUCCAGAAAGAAAUGGAAAACACAUCAUUAAGCAUAGAAUCUGAGUACAUCAAGAAUCUUCAACAGCAAAUUUAUUUCCUUGAACUGGAAGCUAAUUUUCUUCGUGAACAGACUAAAAAAGCAAUUAAUCUUCAGCCUCUCCUUGCAUCUGAAAUGGAACAUAUGUUGCAAAAACUACAGACAUUACAGUGUCAGGCUGAUAGCCUCCAUCUGGAACUGAAGCGAAAGAAAAGUGGUUUAAACAUGCUGAAGAUGGAAAGAAACCAACUUAAUAACCAGAUCAAUAUGGCUGAUGGUCUGUUAGAAAGACAAGCAUUCCAUGAGACAGAUGAAGACACCAUCACUGAUGUUGAUUUGACCAAUAUGAUUUCUGAAGAAGAGCGAGAAGAAUUAAAAGUUGAAGUAGUCAAGCUAGAGGAUGAAAUCGCAACUUUACGCCAAGUGUUAGCAGCCAAAGAAAAGCACCUUGUGGAAAUAAAGCAAAAGCUGGGCAUCAAUCUGAUGAAUGAGCUGAAGCAGAACUUCAGCAAAAGCUGGCAUGAUGUGCAAACUACUACUGCGUAUAAGAAGACUCAAGAAACUCUGACUCAAGCAGGGCAAAAGGCCACAGCUGCUAUCAGCAAUGUUGGAACAGUUAUCAGCAAGAAGUUUGGAGAUAUGAGGUCACAUUCUCUUGGCUAUUCUAUCCGCCAUUCCAUGAGUAUGCCUGCUAUGAGGAAUUCUCCUACAUUCAAAUCCUUCGAAGAAAAGGUUGAGACCACUGUUACGAGCAUUAAGACAAAAGUUGGAGGUACAACUCACCCUGGAGGAAGCUUUGAAGAAGUUCUUAGCUCUACAGCCCAUGCCAGUGCCCGGAGCCCCAUUGCAGGCACCCGACUUUCAGAAACAGAAGAGGAGCUCCAUUGCUAGAUGGGGGAUUCCUUUGUCCUGCUGCUUAUAGAUGACCGACACAUGAAAUGUUUUUUCUCUCUGCAGGGCUGAGUACAAAGGUGUAGGACUGCACUGAGAACACACCCACACAAUACUAGGCAGAGAGAUCAGCUGGGAUGCAACCAACUGCAGCUAGUGCUGCAGCAGUAACUGCUAGCUGUCCUUCUAUAUUACCCAUUUUAUGCUAUUUAUGCUUAUGAUUUUACAUCUGUAGCUUCUACAAUAUACAAUUGUGUCAAUUUUUAAAAUGGCAUCUAUUAUCUUAAGACAUUUGCCUAUGUAUGUUUUUAUAAUGAAUUUCAGAAAAUAAGCCCAAAUUUAUUGUUCAAGCAAUUACAUAUUCCAUUUCUCUUGGUGUAAACAACCAAGCUGUUUUUGUUCUCUUUCCUGUUUAUGUGCCUGCCUCUGACUGUUAAAGACAAUCAGCCUGUUCAUUAUUAUAUGUGCCAUUGGGAUGAGGAAUGGAACUGAACACAAUGUCACAAAUUAUAUUAUAUCCAGAUUAUCUCCAUGGUUGUCUGCAAUUGUUGAUUGUAAUAACAUUUUUCUAGCUAUCUUCAGUUGGAGUAAAAUAGGUGUGCCUACCCAAAAGAGCUGAGCAUCUUUAUAUUUUUUUUGAGAGAAAAAGAAUAUUCAAAAUUUCAAUUCUUAAAUCUAGGGCUGGACCUUUAAACUAUAUAAAAAAACUAAAUAAAUCUUGUAAUGCAUGACUUCUGGACCUGGCAAAAAAACAAGUGAGAUCUAAAAGAUAUGGAGCUCAAUUAAAUUUAUGCAGCAUUAUCCAAUUUGAAUUAUUAGUGUUUAUCCAGAAAUUAGGUAGGGUGGGACCUGGGUAGCUAGUUUUACUUUCCCAUUUCACUUUUGUUUUCCUAUCUUGCUAGGUUAUGUGGUUAAUUUAAAAGAAUGUUGCUGUUUCUAUUGCAAAUAUUCAGAGAAGCAGGCUGAAAAACUGGCAUGCAAUUUAACCUUUUGGGUUUUCAUGUCUGAAGUUCAACAAGCUGGAACUGCCCAUACAGUGAACAUGUCUUCUCACCUUAUAAACUCUGUGAAGAGAGCCUGUGAUGAAAGCAACAAAGAGGUUCAUGUUGUGUCCAAUUUUCAUUACUGAAUAUUCUAGAUACCAGUUGCCCCCUAUAAAACUCCAACUAGCUUUUAAAGCUGCCACUUUAAUUUUUUUAUUCCAAUACUCAGAAAACACUUGCUUACCUAUCCUGUAUCACAGCCUUAUUUAUUGCCUACAUUUUCAACAAAUUAUUUGAUAAACCAACAGUAUUCAUGUAUAUUACGUCACAAGACUACACAGACACACGUAUGUUGGAAUCAUAAAAUAAUUUAUUUUAGAUACAGCUAAGCACAUUUCA